GCCCCCACCGACCCCCAUCUCACCGUCCCGGAAGGGCCCCAUCCCCAUCCCCCCUCCGAGCACCUCCCACCGCCGCCGCAUGACGUGGGGGGCGGUCCGCUCCGCUCCUCCCCUCCUUGUCCGUCCCUACCGCCGUGAUGCCGAAGCUCAGCAAGGAGGCCAAGCAGCGGCUGCAGCAGCUCUUCAAGGGCGGUCAGUUCGCCAUCCGCUGGGGCUUCAUCCCGGUCGUGCUCUAUUUAGGUUUUAGGAGGGGUGCAGAUCCAGGAAUGCCUGAGCCAACAAUCUGGAGUCUGCUCUGGGGAUGAAAGAUGUGGCUGUCCUGCUCUAGAACCAGCCGGUGGACAGAGAAUGUGUUUGAAGAUUCGUACCUUCCAGAGGAUGAGGCAAACACUUACACCAGCUGACUCUGUCAGCGUGCUAAUGACAUAGGUUGUACAUACAAUAAAAUGGAGUUUAUAUGGACGUAACUUAUUUGGAUUGUGGUGGAAUUAAAUCCAGUUUGAAAUGGA